GGUCCGAGAAGGCGGUCAUCUCUCCCACAGAGACCGAGGUGCCUCGGAGCUCCGCUGCCGCUUCCCUCUCACCACACGGUGGCCCUCUGGCUCUCCUUCUCGUCGCUCCUCCUCGCCUCCGCCACCAUAAAGCUCAGCCUCCUUCCUCCUCCUCCUCCACAACCACCUCCGCUUCCACUCUUUCCUCCCGUCGACCCUGCGCAGAGCCACACACGGCCUCCAGCUCCGAGCAGCCCCGGUGCGACGAUGGUCGGCGGCUCGUGCGCUCGCCGGCUGGCCCGCCGCUCGCGGUCCGCGCUGAUCGCUGCCCUCACGGUGCUGCUGGUGCAGACUCUGGUCGUGUGGAACUUCAGCACCCUCGACUCCGGCGAAGAAAACGCAGGCUCCAGCGUGCGGGAGAAGAGGGACCAUAUCCCGGACAACAAAGCCGCUGGCAGCGACUAUUUCCAGCGCGGAGCAGAGCGACAGCAUCCUCCUCCGCCGGGGAGGGGCACGUCUCGCCUCAUCCAGCAGCCGGAUGGAUAUUACUCCCACCGGCCGAAGGAGAAAAGUAGAGUUGACAGCAACAAUGAGAACUCUGUCCCCAAAGACUUUGAGAAUAUAGACAACAGCAACUUUGGUGCACGUUCACAGCCGCACCGCCAGUCUGUAGGGGCCCCCGGCGGCAAGCAGCGGCAGCGUCUACAGGAUGAUGCCCGUUCCCAGCAGCAGGCCUGGCAUGACAACUCCCUCCGACUGGGCCACGGCUCCAACGAAGUUCUGCCUGUAGGACACCAGUCGCUGACAGUUAGGAGCAACACCUCCUACCCUGGAGGUCAGGGCAUCGUGGGAGGUCAGCAGCAGUACCGCCGUGCCUCUCAGGCCCAACCUGCCCAGUUACAGCACCGACAUCAACACCCCCACAGGAAUCCGGCGACUGCAGCCUCACCCGAGGUCUCAUACGACCAACCGCCCAAGUGUGAGAUCAACGGCAAGGAGGCCAUUUCAGCCCUGUCCAGAGCAAAGAGCAAGGGGUGCCGGCAGCAGAUAGCCGAGGUGUACUGCAGACAUAAGGAGGGCCAAUUAAUGCCUGAGGCUGUCACGCGCUAUUGCCCCAUUGAAGGUAAAGUCAACGUGAACAUCCAGUGGAACGAGGAUUCUGCUGACGGCCUCCCAUCCAAACCAGUGAGAAUAGCGUUUGUUCUUGUGGUUCACGGACGAGCAUCGCGGCAGUUCCAGCGCCUCUUCAAAGCCAUCUACCACACGUCUCACUUUUACUACAUACAUGUUGACCAGCGCUCGAACUACCUGCACCGCCAGGCCCAGGCCUUGGCUUCCCUGUACUCCAACGUGAGGGUGACGCCGUGGCGCAUGGCCACCAUCUGGGGCGGAGCCAGUUUGCUGACAAUGUACCUACGCAGCAUGGCUGACCUGCUGGCCAUGAGGGACUGGAGCUGGGACUUCUUCAUCAAUCUCAGCGCUGCCGACUACCCGAUCAGGGACAACAACCAGCUGGUGGCCUUCCUGUCCAAAUACAGACGCAUGAAUUUCAUCAAGUCUCACGGCAGGGACAAUGCAAGGUUUAUCCGUAAGCAGGGUCUGGACCGCCUGUUCUUUGAGUGCGACACUCACAUGUGGAGGCUGGGUGACCGGAAAAUCCCCAACGGCAUCUCCGUGGACGGCGGCUCCGACUGGUUCCUGCUCAACCGCCCGUUUGUUGAAUAUGUGAUCAACUCCGAGGACGACCUGGUGACCAACAUGAAGCGGUUCUACGCUUAUACCCUGCUGCCUGCUGAGUCGUUCUUCCACACCGUGCUGGAGAACAGCGCCCACUGUGAGACCAUGGUGGACAACAACCUGCGCAUCACCAACUGGAACCGUAAGCUGGGCUGUAAGUGUCAGUACAAGCACAUCGUGGACUGGUGCGGAUGCUCGCCCAAUGACUUCAAGCCCUCAGACUUCCACCGCCUCCAGCAAACGGUCCGGCCCACCUUCUUUGCGCGGAAGUUUGAGGCCAGUGUGAACCAGGAGAUAGUGAACCAGCUGGACGCCUACCUGUUUGGACCGUUUCCACAGGGGACCCCGGGGCUGAACUCGUACUGGGAGAGCGUGUACGACGAGCCAGAUGGUGUCGCCAGCCUGUCUGACACGCAGCUCACAUACUACCACUCCUUCGCUCGCCUGGGCCUCGCCAGAGCUGCUGCCUCACUGCAGGGGAACCAAAACGACCACAGCUGCAGGUACUUCCCCAUGGGCCACCCGGUGUCGGUGCACCUCUACUUCCACUUUGACCAGUUCCAAGGCUACUUGGUCAAGCACCACGCCACAAACCUAGCAACAAGCAAGCUGGAGAUCAUGGAGACCUGGGUGGCACCCAAGAAGAACUUCAGGCUGAGCACACCUGCCGGCAGCACAUCCAGCAGGUUACAGUUUGCAGAGAUCGGCACAGAGUGGGACGCUAAAGAGCGAAUCUUCAGGAACAUCGGCGGCCUGAUGGGUCCCAUGGACGAGACAGUGGGCAUGCAGAAGUGGAACAAGGGUCCAAACGUCACCGUCACCGUCGUCUGGAUCGACCCCACCAACGUCAUCGCAGCGACCUACGACAUCCUGAUCGAUGCAAGCGCAGAGUUCACACACUAUCGCCCGCCGCUCAACCAGCCCCUGCGUCCCGGCGUGUGGAGCAUUCGAAUCCUACACAACUGGAGCCUCAUGGCCGAGAUCCGUUUCCUCAUCGUCCCUCUGGCGUACAACAAGCACCAGCCCAUCAAACAAGACGACGCCUUAAAGCUUCACAACGGGCCGGUGAAGAACAGCUACAUGGAGCAGAGUUUCCACGGCCUGAACCCCAUCCUCAACAUCCCCGUCAGCCUGGCCUAUGUGGAGCAAGCCAAGAGGAACGCGGCCAUGACGGGCUCGGAGCUGGAGCGCUGGGUCGACAGCCUGGUGGGCGAGCUUUGGGAGGCGGCUGACGUCUGCGCUCUCGGACCCACCGCCUGUCCGGUUAUGCAGGCCUGUGCCAAGAGUCCGUGGAGCUCCAUGAGCCCGGAUCCCAAAUCCCAGCUGGGAGAGCCGCGCUCUGACGGGAGGAUCAGGUAGCACCGAGGCCUCCGGCUGGACAGGACGCCGUGACACCGUCGGUUUUUUUUAGGAUGAGGUUUCUCGCAGCUGGGGAGGUGGUGAGAGUUUCUUUAUCCCUGAGAAAGGAAACCCAUGAAGUGGACUUUGUGGGUCAACAUGAAGUUCCUUCUUUUAGGGAACCUUUUUGGCUCUGCUGUUUCAGUUUCUUAGCUUUUAUUUAUUUUUCGUCUCACAAACACGUUUUACUGUGACCAGGCGUUGAAGUUCUCCAGCUGGCGUCCUGCGGCCAUGCAAGCCUGGACGGUCGACAGACUAGAAGCUUCUGCUAAAAUGGCCUCAGCAGCAUUCAGGAGGAGGAGGUCGGGUCCUUAAGUAAAAACGUGCCUCCUGGGGAUUUCAUCAGCAAGAACAUCUGGAUCUAUAAAAACUUCUAAACGGGUGAAAAAAAUCACGCUGCGGCUAAAGCAGAACGUCGUUUCAGCUGAUCGGGCGUCGAGCAGCUGCAGCGCCACCCGCCUGCAGCCGUCGGAUUCGUUGAUGUGAGAAAGAGAAAAGCUGAAAGAAAAAGUAUUUUUGGAGCACUUCAACUUUUCCACCUGGAUGACACGUAGGCUUUUUUAAGUUAGUAUUUAUUUAUGACCGAAUUUAACGUCGACUCAGUAGAUUUCCUUAAAUCAACACCCAGAUGUUGCAGCAGGCGAAAGAACAGAUUUUUCUUGAUUAUUUUAAUUAACUUGCCUCAAAAACUUGAAACUAAAUUACCUGAAGCUGACCUUAAAUUUGCGUUUCCACUUCAGCGGUACUUAGUGUUGUACAUAAUUAUACCGGACGUUUCAGAGCUAGCGUUAACGGGGGAGGGGAGGUGUUAUUUAUUUCUAAGUUUAUAUUAAUACUGAUAUUUUUAGUCAGUGACUAAAUAACUUCAACGCUGCCGUGGCAGCAUGAUACGUAUUUUUUGUAAAGAAAGCCGCCUUUAUUUACAAAGGCCAACACCCCCAACUUUUACGUUGUACGUUUUUAAUUUUGUUGUCAUGACCCGGACCUGUUGCGUGUUUAGUCCGUGUUGUCCCGUCUGAAUAGAUCUUUUUGUCCUGGUUUUUCAUGCAGCCGUUUGCCAGGUGAAUCAUGAGAAAAAGCCACGUUGAGCGAUGAGGUAAAGAGGUUAGCUACCUCACAACCUCACCUCACAAGCAAACUCACUGGAUAAGGCGUGGUGGGCGUUUAAUGUCCGUUUUCUGGCUUUGGUGUGUUCAGGGUGGCAGUGAGUGGCUUUGACAUUCAUGCUGUGACAAUAAUGUACAACUUGAAGUGAAUAUUCUGUUGUAUCUUGAGUGAGAAGUGAGCGAUUAGCCGGAUUGGUUCUGCGGCACCUCGUCAGUUCCGUUUUUUUCCUCCUCCCUGGACAUUCGACACAAGUUAAUUACAUUUGGGCCGUUAGCAGAUCCUGAACAAGAAGUUUGCUCACAUAUUUGUUUUACCUUGAAAUAAGUUUCAUCUGAAGCCAAUUAGGUUUUCAAUCUGUGGCUGUCAGCACUGUUUAGCCGUCACACGAGCUAAAUGAGAGGUUUUGCACAAGCUAAUGAAGAGACAUUACUGUUCAUUAAUGUCAAGUUCACCUUGCCUCUGUCAGAUGUGUGUUUUCUCUGCUGUCCCUCUCUCUCUCUCUCAAAUCCACACUGUAAAAAGGUGUUGACUCACCUCUCACCACACUUGUUCUAAGGUGAGCUCAGUGGCAGUUUUUGGGGGGAAAAGGUGAAUAAAGUUAAAUGUAAUUAAAUGUGAAAGUCAUAUUUUGUAAGAAAACGAUGAACUAAUGAAGAUGUACAUACGUAUUUUGUAUUGAAAUGUUGUUUAGAACUGUAAAUACAGAUGGUGGGCGAAGCGACGCUGACAUUUUAAAGUUCUAAAAGGGUCGAUAACUGGAAGAAACGAGUUUAUAGAGGGGAAAACGCGACCGGUUCAGUAUUUCGGACAGCUGUGACAACAACCUUUUCUAUCGGUGUCUCAGAAAAUCAAUUGUUGUUGUUCUUGCUGGAAUGUAUUGUUGAGAAACUGUUGCACAACUUUCUCAGACUGCUGUUUACCCGUUUCUUUUAUUAUUACUGCUGUUUUAUUUGUGGCUCAGAGAGGCUCCACGUGCCUUAGCUGACUUUUACAACCUUCUCUGUCCGUUUAAAGUCGCUCUGUUUUUACUUUGACCUUUUAGGAGUGAUUCAUCGACACCAAAAUGAUGUCUGCUGUUAAAUGAACCAUCAGGCCUUCUGUUGUCAUCUGCUUUUUCUUUAUCUUUUACUUUUCUCCGAUUGCUUUUUGGAAAUAAAAUUAUUUGAAAAAUA